CCGGGCCGGCCGCGGCGAGCGCACGUGUGGUGCGCCAUGCCCCCCCGCCAACCCCGCGAUCCCCGUCGAUUCGCGCGUGAACGUGCCCUGUGACCGCAGUGAGUGCUCUAUGUGGACGCCCGCGACUUCCGCAGCCGAAGCGCGCGGCGGCGCGAUGACCGCGCGGCCUUGCCGCCCGCACUGACGGAUGCGAUUUAUCGCUCUUACGAAUUUUGUAACCAGCGAGUUUCAGUGUUGACUGCCUCCGAAGUGAUAGAACGUACCGCCGGCGAAAUCCGGAAGUCACUCGAUCGCUGUGCAUUCAGAGCGAACCUUGUACAUUUUAGAUAGAAUUUUAAAAGUAAUUAGAAGAAAGUGAGAGGUUUCUAAGUGUAUUCGAAUACUUGUAGCGUUGCGGAGCGCUGUGAACUUGUCGGUCGGAUGUUUUCAAGCAGGCAUGGAUAUUAUUUGCGGGAAGUUUUCAUGACAAUCUAGUGUAAAGAAACAUCAAAUUCGGGUCAUUUUACAACGUGUGAGAGUGGGCGUGCGCGGUCGCGUGCGCGCGCGUGCUACCAUGUGCGCGUGCCCGUGGCGCCUGCACGUGUUCACCGCUGUCCUCGUCCUCGCAGCACAUCUCAUUAAAGUGCUGUCGUGCGGCGAGGCCGGCGGGGGCGCGCGGCUCGCCAAGCGCUACGUGGGGCUCUACACGGGGCCCUACUUCGACCCCUCCGCGCCCAACAACAUCACCACGCAGCUCGGCACCCACGCCUACCUGCCCUGCAAGGUGCGCCAGUUAAGCAACAAGUCAGUGUCGUGGAUCCGGCGCCGCGACGCGCACAUCCUCACCGUGGACCGGUUCACCUUCAUCGCGGACGAGCGCUUCCAGGCGUUCCUCGUCGAAGCCACCGACACUUGGACUCUGCAGGUGAAGUACGUGCAGGCGCGCGACGCCGGCGUGUACGAGUGCCAGGUCGGCACCGAACCCAAGAUGAGCCACUUCGUGCAGCUCAACGUUGUUGUGCCAAAGAUCGAGAUCGUGGGCGAGUCGGACCUGUACGUGAAGGCGGGCAGCACUGUGAGCCUCAAGUGCGUGAUCACGCAGGCGCUCGAGGAGCCCGCCUACAUCUUCUGGUACCACAACGACGAGCGCGUGCUCAACUACGACAAGAGCCUCGUCGAGAUACGCAUGGAGCGCGUCGCGCCCGACACCACCGUGGGCAACCUGAUCAUCUACAGCCCGCGGCGCGAGGACUCCGGCAACUACUCGUGCUCCCCCUCCAACCUCGACUCCGCCUCCGUGGUGCUGCACGUGCUCAGCGGCGAGCAGCCGGCGGCCAUGCAGCACGGCAACGGCGCCGUGCAGCUCGGCUCGCCGCUGGGCGCGCUGCUGUGCGCCGCGCUCGGCGGGGCGCUCGGCGCGCCGGCGCCCCCCGCGCGCCCCCUGCUCAGGCUGCUCGCACUCGUCGCCGUCACGCUGCUCUUUCCAGUGCUGUGCCACGACGAGGACGAGCCUAAAUAGCGGAGUGCCCCAGCCUGGGCGGCGGCCGCGCCGCCCCACUGACAUUGCGCGAGUGCCCAGUGAACCGUGACGCUUGUGAUGUUGUGUUGCUCGCCUGCUGUGUUCGCGGACACGCUCGCGAGCCGGCCCGAGCCGCGGCGGGACCUCGCCCCGCGCUACGUCCAACAAACACUACGCAUACGAUGCGCAGUGAAUUAAAUUUAAAUGUAUUGUAAAUUUUCAAAUACCUAUAUUGAUUAGAUAAUACGAACGAUAUGCGAUGUGAUACGAUGUGAACAAUGUAAUAUUGUAAAGGAGGAGUAACGAAAUUAUUUGUAUCGGUACUAAAGUUUAUAUUAUUAUGGGAAACAAACUAUGUACAUAGAGGGCCGGCACGAGCGACCGUCGUCGCGUGGCCGCGUGGCCGCGUCGCCGGCGGCCGUUCGCAGCGGCCGACGUUGUAAACUUGUACAUAUUACUAUUAAAUUAUCACUAUUAAUUGAAUAUACCGCACCGCGGUGGCGGCGGGCCCGCGGCGCGGCGCCGGCGUCUGCGUGCGGGCGCGGCGGGCCCGCGGCCACCGCGCGGAGCUUUGCUCGAAUACUCUAUAGCGACAUCGAAAUUACUUAAACCGUUCGAGUCCUAAGGACGUCGUAUUUUCAUGAUUUGUUAAACAGUACAAAUAUUGAAGGGAAUUGCGUACCGUCACAAGAAAACUACUACAUAUGGAGUGCAAUAAGUUUAUUAGGGGAGAGCUAUUGGAUAAACCGCAGCGCGGCACCGCAUCUAUGCUUCCGAGAGCGACCACGCAGUCGGUGUAAUUAGAUUUUAAUUUCAUUCUGUAUUGUGUUUAAGUUAUUAAUACAACUGGCGUUGAAUGUAACGGAUACGAAUGCUUUCGAUUUGACAUUCUGUCAUUAGAACAUUUUUCUUACAUCACAUAAUGUUUUCUAAUAUAGAAAAAUAUAUAAAAUUUAAUAUAUUAUUCUUUGUCUUUGUCUCGAUAUUAUUUAAAAAAGUAUAAAGUAUAAAUAUUAUAAAAUUUUACACAAAGUAAGUUAAAAAAUACCCAAAUUACUUUGUGUAAAAUUUUAUAAUAUUUGAAUUUAAACUCUAAGGUUAAAUAAGAUACCAUGAAAUGUGGACUGACAACGGAGGAGAGAGCCAAACAGACAUAACAAAAUUUUAAGAGAUUACAAAUUCAAAAUAUGCGUGUAAAAUUAAAGUAAUUUGCCAAAAAAUUAUGCUUGUUUUAAAUAAUUAUUACUUAUGAUUCGAAUAUUGUAAAAAGUUUCAGUACUCUAUAGUCUAUAUGUCGCCACAUCUCGGGUUAAUUAGGUUUGUUAGCAAGCUCUUGGUCACGAAAUUGUUUAUCUAAUGGUAUUUGUCAAUGGUAAGCUAGGAUUCAAUGCACAAUAUCCUAAGUAUUUCAAAUUGGCUGGGAUGAACGUCUUACUCUAUCAGUUCAUAAACUAUUACAAAGCUUAUUUCAAUGUCUAGAAACGAACAAAAUAUAUUUCAAUAUAUCUUUAUUAAUUACAAUGGUGCUUUAGGUAAUAUUUUCUAAC